AUGUUCCUUAAGAUCUGUCCAACAAAAAGGGUUAUCCGAUUUGGAAAGCGAGGAAAGUUAAACCCACGUGACAUCGGGCCAUUCAAGAUAUUGGAAAGGAUUGGUCUUGUAGCCUAUCGCCUUGCACUACCACCAGAACUAUCCAAUGUCUACAAUGUGUUUCACGUUUCAAUGCUUCGACGGUAUCUUCGAGAUCCAGAACAUAUUGUUGAUUAUGAGAACCUAGAAGUUCAAGAGAAUCUUUCUUAUGAAGAGCAACCAGUGCAGAUUCUUGAUCAUCAUAAUCAAGUUCUUCGAAACAAGACCAUACCAUUGGUAAAAGUCUUAUAG